CCGUGGGAGAUGUCGUACGAUUACUUGUUCAAAUACAUAAUCAUCGGAGACACCGGGGUUGGGAAAUCAUGCCUGCUACUGCAAUUCACUGACAAGAGGUUCCAGCCGGUGCAUGAUGUCACUAUCGGAGUUGACUUUGGGGCUCACAUGGCCACCAUUGAUGGCCGCCCCAUUAAGCUUCAUAUUUGGGACACUGCUGGACAAGAAGCCUUCAGAUCGAUCACCAGAUCAUACUACAGAGGAGCUGCAGGUGCUCUACUGGUUUAUGACAUAACCAGGAGAGAGACUUUCAAUCAUCUUGCAAACUGGCUGGAAGAUGCUCGGCAGUAUGCAAAUGCAAAUAUGACUAUCAUGCUGGUAGGAAACAAGAGUGAUCUUGCUGAUCACCGAAGAGCUGUAAGUAAAGAGGAGGGUGAGCAAUUUGCCAAAGAAAAUGGGCUUUUGUUUUUGGAGGCAUCAGCUAGAACUGCCCAAAAUGUUGAGGAGGCCUUCAUAAGGACUGCUUCAAAGAUACUUCAGAAAAUUCAGGAAGGUGUUUUUGAUGUGUCCAAUGAGUCAUCAUCUGGCAUCAAGGUUGGGUAUGGCCGGCCUCAAGGUGGUAGUGGCCUUGGUGCAAUUGCACAGAGAGGUGGAUGUUGCAGCUGA